UGCAGUGAGGCGAAUAUAACUGGGCAGAAACCUGAUUUCUUGGUGAUAUCGGAAGCCUUGGAUAUCUGGAGUAUUUCGUCUAACAGAUGACCGAGAAUGAAAGCAAACUCGUUCAGGUCAUUCUUCAUCGCAGAUCGUCUUAUUGGUUAUCCAGCUGGUGAUCGGGCCUGCAGCUGAACACUGCUAUUCAAAGACUGUGACGUCGGUGCGCGUAUCGUCUAAUUGGUGAAAGGUGUUUCAGUUCCCAUAGUUAAUCAUGAGCUCUACUGAGUUUUCUUCAAUGCCUUUGGAACUGAAUUCUUCUUCCGUCCCGAACACCACUGUAUCUACAAUCUGUAUCAAUGACUUUGUAGAACCGCCGGCCACCCCUCUGGAGUUGUGGCAAAACUGGUACCAACCCAUCCAUGGAUAUGCCGCUCCGAUAGUGUGUAUCUUUGGUGUUGUUGCGAACACACUGAAUUUCGUGGUUCUCACCAGUAAAAACAUGCAGUCGCCAACAAAUGUUAUCCUUUCAGGCCUGGCGGUGUCGGACGGGUUAACAAUGGCCGCAUACUUUCCUUAUGUGAUUUUAAACUAUCAUGUAUACAUUUCCAAGCCAUCUCCUCACUCCAACGCAAGUUUCUUGAUGUUUUAUGCCAUAGUCAGUGUAAUUGUGCAUUCAAUAUCAAUAUGGUUGACUGUAGCAUUGGCGUUGUUUCGGUAUAUAUUCAUUCGUUAUCCGCGAAGAGGAACCAAACUAUGCACUGUGUACAGAGCCAAACUCACCAUCUUCAUAGUUUCGGUCGUCACGGCCGUGGUGUGUAUACCGAAUUGCGUUAUUUACACGCUUGAAAAAUACGUCGAACCCCACUCCAACGAAACGAGUUGGUUCAUCAACGUCAAGGAGACAACGUCGACGGAGAUAUUCGUUAAGAACCUCAACUUCUGGACGCAGGCCCUGCUAGUGAAGCUCCUGCCGUGCUUCAUGCUGUCCAUUCUGAGCAUCUGCCUCGUGAACACGAUGAAGGACGCCGAGAAGCGGCGCAAGAAGCUGCUCAACAAGACGAACAAAGUGAAAGGCGAGGACGAAACGAGGAGACACCGAAAGACGAACCGAACUACCCGGAUGUUGCUCACUGUUGUCGUUUUGUUCCUUGUCACGGAGACGCCACAGGGAAUACUCCAGCUGCUCAGUGGCAUCAUCGACGGCUUCUUCAAUGACGUCUACCACCCCCUGGGUGAUUUAAUGGACAUACUCGCGCUCAUUAAUAAUGGUAUCAACUUCGCCUUAUACUGCACUAUGAGCAAACAGUUUCGAGACACAUUCAUUAGGAUAUUCCUCAAGGACGUGUUACGGAGCGGCGACAAGCGAGGAACCGCUCUUGUAGCCACUCAAGCCACGAAAGACACGGAUGUGUGAUCACUGGUGCACCGGCGUGCCUGCUCGGAUUAGGUCAACAUUGUGUGCCUGUCUGUCACCCACUGAUUGGAAAUCAAGGUGAUGCUCAUAUCACCUCUGUACAGUGUUGUAAAACUGUAGGCGACAUUGACCGAGGUCGUGUUCGUACGUGGUGGAACUUCUUUGACACGUUUCAUCUUGCCUAUUUGUAAAUAACAUGUACAUAAUUAUGCUGUUAAUGGUGAAUCCUUUUAACUUUGUGUUCCUUAAAUGUUCAAAAUGUGCAUUAAUAUUUUAUUUUAUUUUUAUGUUUCGUUUAAUGUCUGAAGCUGGUACAGAAGAUUUACGAGGACAGCGGAAUAUACUGUGAAGAUAUCAAGACAGGAUCCAGGAAUGUUCGGGUGCGGGGCGUGACAUUAAAGUAAUGUAGUUAUGUGAUGUUGGUAAAUCACCGCACCUGGUUCACAGACAAAAUGAAUGACGAAAAUAGGACGCAGGGCCCCUGAGUGCACACCUACAAUAAUGUUUGAUUAAUAAGUCCAUCUGAUAUUAAUCUAACCUGCAGUGUUACUUGGUUAUCGUAUUUUCAUUGUCCACGCGUUUGUCACUGAUCCUCAGUAAAGAUUGUUGCUAACAUCGUAUUAAGGCCGUCUAUAUGCUGAGCCGCAAUGAUAAAUGGACAGGUUUGAUUUUAUGAAACUAUCAACUAUAUAUUAUCAUGUUCAGUUUUACUUACAUAGAAUCAACCCACCACAUUGUUAUACUAAUAAAAUAUAUACCAAAAUAUCACAGGGAGCUAAAUGUAAACUCUAUUAUUUAAAACUUGAUCUGUUCACCGACCGUAAUUCCUUCGUCAGACAGAAUUGCUUGUGGUAAUGCCGAAACUCCUAAAUACUUUUAUUACAGUGUGAUAUAAUUAUUUGAAAUAAAUUAGGAAUUUAAUGCUUCACAGCGCAGCAUAACGAAUCAAUAUUAACAUUCGAUGGUGGUAAGACGGUACCUCAUUGGGAAUGAGUUCACUUACGGUACGACUGGUAGGAGGAUCGAUUCCCCUCUAUGGACGCAUUGGUUCAUUCCCGCCUCAGCAGUACCUCUCGGCUGGUGUGUAAUAAUGUAUAGUCUGCGACGUCCAGUCUAUGGGAAUUUGUAUAUACACGAUUCCUUGCAGCUACUCAAUACGAGUAGUAGCAUGUGUUUCGGUAACGGCUUUCUUUUCUCAAUAUCUCGACCAGUUGUCACACCAGCAGUACACUACACAACCAUUAGCAGUGCUUUAACUGACCGUCAAUGAAAACAUUAAACAGCACCUAUUUUGACUUGUAAGAGCAGGCCUAUCAUUCAAUAAUUACACUAACAAUUGUUAUUUAAAUAUUAAUUUUUGUUUAAAGAUAGACCUGAUAAAAUGUAUUUUGGAAACCAAUCUUUCAUGUAUAGUACUGUUCAGUUGGAUACUGUUUUGACACAUUGCACAU